UAACACCCAAACUUUCACCCGCUGUGCUGCUUACGUUCACCACCUAAGGCGUGCUUUGCAACAUCCUAUUCGUUCAUAGAGAAGGACCUACAGCAUGAUUGGGAUCAGCUUCGGGGGAGACUCGCGACCUGUGCUCAUGACGACGACCCCAGCGCCGUCCUCUGUGAAUAAAAGAUCUCAAGCAAGAAGACAUGGGUGAGAUCCGUCUCGCGCCGUCGGAGCAGUCCAUGCUUGAAUGGAAUGGCUCGAUCCCCGGGCCCGCUGGCUCUCCAUAUGAGGGAGGAGUGUUUGAGUUUACCCUUACCCUGCCACACGACUAUCCAUUCACAGCGCCCAAGAUCACGUUCAAAACACGGAUAUACCAUAUGAAUAUAUCCCAGAAUGGUCACAUCUGUUUGGACAUUCUCAAGACAGCAUGGUCCCCAGCAUUAUCGCUGUUCAAAGUCAUCUUGUCCCUCUCCUCUCUACUUACGGACCCAAAUCCAGCCGACCCUCUGGUGGCACCCAUCGCUCAAGAAUACAAAAGAAACCGUGCACUGCAUGACCAGACGGCACGGAACUGGACGCUUUUGUAUGCAAAGAAAGCACCACCCGCCUCAUCCCUUUCUGCGGCGCCAAUUCUCCCUCAACAAAUACAGCAUAGCUCUAAUGGCCCUUCCGUGAGGGAUACAACACCUUCGAUUGGGCGACGAACCAGAUCUCGCGCUCAGAAUCAUCCAUCUAGCUCUACUAAUGUAGCUGGAACUGAAGUAAUUGAUCUAAUGGAAGAAGACAAUGCUGCUUCCUCAUCCUCGGCCACAACACGAACCAAACGAAGACGAGGUGAGACCGACAAUACCGCCGAUAAGUCUGGUGACGGACGUGGAGCACCGAGACGAAGGCUAGAAAAUAGUACUGCUGCGGAAGGGCGUGCCCUGGGGGAGGAAGUGAUAGAGAUUGAGGAUGAUGAUGAUGAUUUAACGGUGUCCAGGCAUCAUGGCGCGGAAAGGAGACGAAGUGGGACCUCAACUGAGGUGAUUGUAAUCGAAGAUGACUAGAUGGGUCCUCGUUUGGUCUCCGAUCUCUGAUAACUUCACGUCGGAUAUGAGUAUCGUAAUUCUUCUCUUUUGGGGCUCAAGACGUCUUCACUUCAAGCAACCAUCGUACCGUUAACACUUUACUAUCAUAAUGGACUCCCUCACAAACUCUGUCAAUAGCGUAUAAUGUAUAUAUACAUUACACAAGAUGUGCAGGAACAAAGACAAUGCUGGAACUGGACUCUGCCUUGCCCAAUUUCGAUCCCCACACAUGAAGAAUGAUCUUGUCUCAUCGUCAAGACAAAAAUCGGAGUGGAGAUUCGCGCCGUCACGCCCAAAG